CACUUCUAAGCUCUGGAAGCCCUCAGCUGUGAGCCAGGACUCCUGGGUUCCCUCCCUGGCUCUGAGAGGGUCUGAGCUGGCAGAGUCCCCCCCCAAAGGCAGAACAUGGUGGAAAAAGGAAACCCCUUCAUUGUGGGGGUGCUGAUUCUGGGGAACAUCAUCAUCCUGAUGUGUGGCAUCGCGCUCUACGCGGAGACGGUUUGGGUCACGGCCGACCAGUACAAGGUUUACCCCAUCCUGGGAGUGUCGGGCAAGGAUGAUGUCUACGCGGGUGCCUGGAUCGCCAUCUUCUGCGGCUUCGCCUUCUUCUGCCUCGGCGUCUUCGGCAUCGUGGCCCUGGCCCGGGGCAGCCGCCUGCAGCUCAUGCUGUACCUGGUAUUGAUGCUGAUCGUUUACAUCUUCGAAUGUGCCUCCUGCAUCACCUCCUACACCCACCGUGACUUUGUGGUCUCCAAUCACAGGAUGGUCACCAAGCAGAUGCUGACAUUCUACGCAGCCCCCACAGCCCAAGGCCGGGAGCUGACCCGCAUGUGGGACCGGAUCAUGAUGGAGCAACAGUGCUGCGGCGCGACGGGCCCCCUGGACUGGGUGAACCAUACGUCCACCUUCCGCUCCUUCUACCCUGAGGGGCUGGCGCCAUGGCCCUUCCUCUGCUGCAAGCGCGACGCCAACUUCGUUAUCCUCAGCCCAGAGGGCUGCCGUGUGGGGCACGUGGAUUAUAUCAACACCAAGGGCUGCUUUGAGCACAUUGAAAAUGCCGUCAACAGCUACACCUGGGGCAUCUCCUGGUUCGGAUUCGCCAUCCUCAUGUUCACGUGCCCAGUGAUGCUCUUAGCCAUGUACCACUACACCACGCUGUGACCCCCCCGCCCCCCCAACCACACACACCCUGCACUGCUGUGGGGCAGGGCUCCUUUGACACACCUGCAGCAUCAGUGAGGGGAGGAAGCCAGCCAGUCCCACCCCCAGCCUAUGUCUCAGAGCUGGGCAGACCAGCCUGGUGACCACCUGCGACCACCUCAGCCCUGCUCCUGCCACCAGUGUGCUGGCUGUGGGGUGACAGCACCUGGGUGGCUGAUCACUGUGAAACACCCCCUGUGACCUCUGACCUUCUAAAAUCUCUAUUAAAUACCCUGAAAAACCCCUCUUGGUCUGUGUGAUGGGGGUAGGGUUGUAAAUGUCCCCUGGCCUCUAACAGCUGGGGGCUGGUGUUUGGUUCACGGGGAGGGGAAGUCCCCUCCUCCAGCAGCACAGGGCCCCUUCCCCUUUGGAUGGGAACAGCUGCUUGCUCUGCUGUGGGGCAGGGGGCUUUACAUCUCCUUCCUGCUUGGCUGCCCUCAGCUGGGCUGUGAAUUUUUCAGCAACACCUGGGGCCUCCUUUGCUGCUGGGGUGGCCUCUAUCCCCUUUGCCUGCCCCCCACCCUUAGGGCUGGGGUAUUUGCACCCCACCCCCCCAGGGGCAGGCUGGGCAGAGACAGCAGCGUUGUGGGCAGCAAGAUGUCAGGGCUGCUGCCCCUUGCCUGCCUUGGCCAGGUGUGUGCCUUUGCCGUUGCAGGAGAGGGCUGGCCUGGAAGCUCAAGUCCCCCCGGCUCCCUUUUCUGCCCCACUACUGCUGCCUAUUUGCCCCAUGUGCUGCUGGGUGUGAGCCAGCAGGGCCUUGACCCCUCUUGAAGGUGGGAUGGGAGCCCACCCUCUGCCAGGGCCCUUUGGGAAGCAUCUGAACUGUUCAGCCAGCCGGGAUCGUCCCCUGCCUACGGUGCCGCCCCAGCCCCAUGGGGUCUGGUUGCCGUUGGAAUAAAGGAUGUCGGGGCACUUUAGCUACACGAAGGGCAGGGGCCCAGGGUUUCUUCUAGCUGCAGGGAAGGGAAAGGGGGGUCAAGCAGGGUGA